UGGUACUCCUCGGAGCUGGUUAAUUGUUAUCAUGUACCACUUGUCUAGGGUUUUCGCGCGCGCGCUUCCCGACUGAGGAGAGCUGUGGCCAUUGGAGCCUUGGAUCCUUGGAGGAUGGGGUAUGCUCCACUGCCGAAAUGGGCGUCCGAGCCCUGCAUCAUGGGCAUUGAUGAAGCUGGGAGGGGUCCCGUUCUAGGUCCUAUGGUGUAUGGAUGCUUGUAUUGUCCUCUAUCUUACCAGAAGACACUUGCUUCCUUGGAUUUUGCAGAUUCAAAGACUCUUAAAGAGGAAAAGAGGGAGGAGUUAUUUGAAAAGCUUAAAGCUAAUGAUUCCAUUGGUUGGGAAGUUGAUAUUAUAGAUCCUAAGGACCUUUCUGCCAAAAUGCUGAAAAGGGUUAAAAUCAAUCUGAAUGAAAUAUCCCAUAAUUCAGCUAUGGGCCUUGUCAGUCGAGUUCUUGAUAUGGGUGUUUUAUUAACUGAGGUUUAUCUAGAUACAGUUGGAGACGCAGAGAAGUAUAGAAUUAAAUUGUCUGAGAGGUUUCCGAGUGUCAAAUUUGUGGUUUCAAAGAAGGCUGAUAGUAUUUAUCCUGUUGUUAGUGGAGCUAGUAUAGUUGCAAAGGUAACUAGAGACCGAACUUUGCGUAACUGGGUACUUGAUGAAACUGCUGAGAAUAUGCAUAGGAACUUUGGAUCUGGAUAUCCAGGAGAUCCAGUUACUAAAGCAUGGUUGGAUCAUCACAAGCAUCCAGUGUUUGGAUUCCCGUCAUUAGUCCGCUUCAGUUGGGGGACUUGCGCUUCAUACUCGAAGGAUAUGGUAGAAGUCAUAUGGGAGUCCGAUAAACUUGAUGAAGAUGGUUCGGGCAGCGGAAGUAGCAGUGGCAAACACCAACUGAAAUUGUCAAAAUUUGGCUUCUCUGGUUCGAAGAGGAAAAGCGAAGAUGUGGAAUCCACCGGUAAAGGUCGGUCGAAAUUCUUCCAGGCUCGGAAACUUGAGUUGCUCUCUGAAUUCUGACAACGAUUCUGAGUUCACAUAGUACUAGAACAUCUGUUUCUGUAUUGAGCUUGAUUCAAGUUCAGAAAGAUGUAAAACUUUUUGGACCUUCAUGCAAAAAAUAUUCAAUCUCAAUCACCCCAAUUUUAAAGCUUUUGUAAUUGUUAAUGAUCUCAAAUGAAAUGA